AUGGGGCACAUUCUCCCCCCUUGUCUUAGGAAAGUCCUCUUGAGAGACGAGUUCGAGGAAUACCCAGAUGACAAACACAUGCAUUGCACUGCUCGACUUGCAAAAAUGCUCAACCAGUGUACUCAGGAACUGCAAAAGAGUUCAGAAAAUAACUACACGGACAAUUUUCUAAUGGAGGAGAUAAAGGUUCUUGAGGAAACCAGAGGCAUGGGGCUACCAAAUUUCUUUCCUCACUCGGCUUUUCUCAUGCUCCUGCAGAAAAAAGUAAAUGAGAUAUCAGGAGCUCCAGUUCAGUUUCUCUCUGUCGUAUGGGACUACACUGAGACAGUGGUGGUGGUUCCUGUUUUGAUGCGUCAUGCAGAACAUUAUCCACAACUAGAGUCAUCUACAAGAAGGGCAGCCCAGAACCUUAUUGCUAAGAGGAAGAAAAUGUCAGUUGAUCGAGUGGUGGAGAUAAUUGAGAUGGAGAAGUCCACACAGAUCACUUUUGAUGGUUUUGGGGAAGUUGAAGUUGGCCAUUUGCGGCUCCUCCCUAUUAUUAGAGACCAAGCAUUUGACAAAAAAAUGAGAAUUACCGCAUACCAGAAGAUUGUUCUGAAAAGACUUGUUGAUUGCAUGGCUCUGCACCUGCAAUUUAGUGUUAAGAGUCUGGUGAACAUGAACAUGAACAUGGAGAUGGAGAUAGUGAAUGAACUCAUGGCCCCUCAUGGUGGUGGACUCGAACAGUUGCUAGAAGAAGCGCCGUCAGUUGUCAUAAAGCGUGAGAGAUUGAACCAAAGUCUCAAGCUGCUGACGGCCUCUAAGGAAGUUGUUGCUAAGGUCAUGCACAGAAUUGCCAUCAAUGCCGAUUAG